GGAGGGGCUUCGCAUUCCAGCUGUGACUCCCGUAGUGGCCGGUGGCUGGCAGUGUUGGUUGACUCGGUGACUGUGUGUGCUGUGUGUGAGUGUGCUAAGCUAUUACGAACCCCACGAUACCGGCGGGUGAUUACCUACUGACGCCAUGAAGAACCUUGCGGUGGCGGUGUUGGUGGCUGCGGUGGGUGUCGCCAGAGGAAUACCGAUCGACCCUGAGCCGCGGCAGUUUGUUUACCAGCCAGGCUCUCCCUCCGUCAGGCUGUACCCGGUGCAUUUCGAACACUACCUCAAGGCUUCCCCUGGUCGGCUCCCAAUGUUGAAGGAAGAUUCUCCUAUCAUGCAGGCUUUCCGGCCCAACAUGCUUCAGCCUGACAUGGAGAAAACAGAGUCACCGAGCACUGUGGAGGGACACACGACCACACCAUUGAUGCCUGAAACAAAACCAAUGACUACCAGCCCCACUACAUCCACCACCACUACUGUCCCAACCUCUGAGCCUAAGGUCCCCGUGACAACCUUGGAACCGAUGGUUGACAUGGAGGAUGAGACGACACUGCAGCCUGAGACAAUGGCAGAAGCUGAGGAAGACUCUGUUCCUCAUGACCAAGGGAACACAGAGCCUGUCACUGAGAGUGAGAUAAUGCUAAGAGGCACCUUAGCAUUCGCCAAUGAUGAAGAGGAGCCUGUUAGUGCUACAGAGAUAAUGCCGAUGAUGGAGGGUGAGGAGACUGCCACUGAGACCUUCCAUGAUGAGAAUGAGAUGAUGCACAACACAGAAAUUCAAGAUGACAUGACCAUGACAGAGCCUGUGCCUGAGAAUGAGGUGACGACAGAAUUUCCAAACCUGAGGGACCUUGCAGUAUUCUGAACCACCACCGAUGACUAGAAAAUAAUGCCCUGAAGCCAUGUGCCUCAAGCAACACCAGCUACAACACUAGCCUCUGAACCAUGCCAAGCAACACACACCACACAGCAGCAGUCAGCACACCAGAUCAGCACCACACAAGCUGUCCUAUGUGCUGAAAGUUGUGUGCUGAUUUAUGAAAUGCCAGUUAAUAUAAUUGGAGGUGAUUUGCUGGUGAUCCAAAACUGUGCCUGUGUUAUGUGUGUGAGAGAAAGAAUGGUUCAUAUAUGUAUGUGUGAGAGAAAGAAUUACUCAUGUGUGUGUGUGUGUGUGUGAGAGAAGGAAUGAGUCAUGUACUAUGUGUGAAGGAAAGAUUCAUGUACAAGUAUGUAUGAAAAGGAAAGAAUGAUUCAUACAUGUGUGAAAGAAAGAAUGAUUCAUAUGAUAUCUGAGGGAACAUUAUUUGUGUGUGUGUCAGAGUUUGCAUGUGUGAGAAGGAAAGAAGGAUUCAUGUCCAUGUAUGUGUAAAGAAAAGAUGUUUUCAUAAUGUGUCUGUGUGUGUAAUGUUUAUAUAGUUAUAUGCCACACACAUACAUGGUGCUCCUCCUCUGUUCUCUACAACAGAGUCAUGAAUGUAUAACUAUUUCUAAUACUCUUGAACUAUACUGUUUUAUAUAUUAUGUAAGGUCCUGAUCUACUAACCCCUUCCAUUCCUCCUCCUCCUCCUCUUCCUUCACAUCUUGCCAGGUUCUGAAAUACUGGGUCUGUUUUUUUUUGUUUUUUUUUUCCAUUCACCAGGAAGAGGUGCAAGACUGAAGCUGAACAUAUUUCUUAUUAAUUAAGACUGGAUGUGAUUCUGAAUGUGAAUAUAUGCAUGUGUGUCUUACACAAUGCACCAGGUCAUAAGGUAUGAAAUAUGGUACUACAUCUUGAACAGUUAAUAACCUCUUGAAUUAUCAUGAUGAAAGUAUUGGACAGCCAAGACCAUUCCAACCACUCUAAUCUCAUAAAAGAUCAUCCUGAAAUAGGUACAGUAACUACAAACAUAUUAUUCAGUCCACAGAUAGAUAGAUGUCAUGGUAGGCUCCCACAGCACAGCUGCUGCCCACUUCACAAGAAUAUAACUCAGAAGCAUUCUGGGAUGAAUGUGACUCCAGCAUUCCCAGAUGACACUGAUUAAGCCAUGACUAUACAGAAAUUAAAAUAAAUGGUGUUCAUUGGCUGGUUGAGCUGAAACACAAUGUCCCUGCACAAAAGUCAGCUGUCACCUUAUACCAUGGUUACACACAUCCAGGGCCACCAUGAGCAAAGUGCUGAUGUCAUUGAUCAUACUUGUAUAUACCAUAUUAUAUUUUCUUACUUCAGCACCACUAUAGACUGUACAACAAUGAAGGCUGGGGAGGGAUAGGGGGACAAAAGGGGUGGUAAUGUAAAAUUUUUCUUUCCUUCUUACAAUAGAGGAAAUGGAAGAAAUAGAAAUGCUGUAUAUGUAAAUAAAAUAAGUACCUACAAUGCAUUGUUAACAAUAAUCUUUAUCCGUAUACAGCUAUACAAGAGUCUGAGAUGGACAUGAGCUAAAAUUUAUUUGCCUCUGGAAAUCCUUUUACUAAGUAUUAUAGAACAUUUUUAUUUUAUUUUAUUUUUUCUUAUUUUUAUGUAGGAGGGACACCAGCCAAGGGCAACAAAAUUGUAAGAGAAAAAGGCCUACAGAGGUGCCAGUCCCCAAAUAAAGUCAGAAACAAUUGUCAAAAAUUGGAGGAUAAGAACCCUGAGUAACACCACUGUUAAUUGAAUUAGGAGAACAGUGACCAUCUACCACAACAGCAAUGGAAAGGGCAGAAAGGAAACAUGAGAUGGCAUGACACACCCAGUCAAUCCUAUGACUGGUGUGUUAUCUACUUAAGAUGCCAGGGGCAGUAUUGCCACUAUCUCAUAUACAACCCUAUCUACGUCAUGCCCUCUAAACUGUAUGUACAGUACCCUAUCUUGUGCCAGCCCUCCCUCUCUCUCAUUCACACGUCAUCCUCACUUUAAUAUAGUUUCAGCUUGAAUAAAAGUGUGGGAAAGCAGAUGCACAGGCCAUCCCACCCUGCCCCAAGAUGGGAUGGCACAAGAGAGGGAUGGGCUAAUGACGCACAAUGGACACACCCUACUCCCCCACAUCAUACAAGCAGUGAGAUAAAAAGACAUUUUAAUAAUCUUGCCUGCUACACUUCUCUGAAGGGACUUGUGGCAAUUUAACAGUGGCAUGAUGCUCAUUACUUUCUACUCUUCCAAAUGGUAGCACUUUCAAGAUGAUGCACUAGAGGGGAAAAGGGAAAAUAGAAAUAUAUCUACUAGCCUACCAGAUAGGUGGCUGCUGCCACACCAGACUUGUCAGCCUAACAACCUCUCUCUUCUCACCUCUCUCUCUCUCUCUCUCUCUCUCUCUCUCUCUCUCUCUCUCUCUCUCUCUCUCUCUCUCUCUCCCUACUUCUCUUCAUCUUUCUAUCUCGCUGCAAACAACAAAAUGAAUAAAGGAUUCUGCACCAUCAGUAGGAAAAACAUCCACGAGAACUUGGCUGACCUUUCAAAUCAAUUCUUGUGAGGUUACAAAGUGUCAUGAACUGAGCCAUGGAGAAAGAAAUGCAGUGCAGAACUUCUUGGGUUUAUUCCUCUUUGAUUAUGUUUCAUAAGGCUCAAGAUACAAGGCUCCAACUCAUAAUGUCUGACUGUAGCUCAUGCUGACCAUCUCUCAUCUGCUGCUUAUACAUGUAUAUUUAUACAACACUCCAUAUUGUCCAAAAACUUCACAAAACCAUAAGAACCUGUAAAUUUGAGACUCGGUUCAAUACAGACCACAAUAUGGAACACAAGUAAAAUAUGUAGCCCUCUUAUAACACCUUGGGAGUUACAUCUACAACUCUGUGAGAAGUGGUGUUCAUUUCCUCCUCAGGAAGGUUGGUUAAUGGAGAUCAAGAAAGUGCAAGACACUGAAGGUCAUAUGGCACUACAGUAAUGAGGAUUGGCACAACAAAUGAUAAAGCGAGUUAACUGUUACAGGGAUAAGUUCAAAUAAAGAAUAUGUGGAUUUGAUGGAUUGUUUUGCCUAGGGGGCAUUGAGUUGGAGAGUUAUGGAUACUUUCUCAUGAUGCUUACCUAGUUAAGGUGAAUCUCAACUUAGUAAUACUUGAGUGAUGAAUUUCUGAAGUUAUUAAUAAAAUUACUCUUGCUCUU